AUGGCACAUCAAGAUAGAUAUAACAAGACUGCAUGUAAUGCUGUCAUUAUAUCACAGCCCAAUUCAAUAUUUCUAAAACGUUUAUUAGAUGCCUAUCAAAGUUUUAAUCAGAAUUGCUGGGCAUGUCAUUCAGUUCAAGUACCAAGGCAGUUAUCAUUAAUUUAUCAAUCUGAAGUUACUAUACUUCCAUCAGAAACAUUUUUUCGUCCAUAUUGGUCUGAAACAAAACAGUUAUAUGUGUAUAAUAAUUACAAUUUUACAAAAAAUUACGCUUGUCACCUAUGGAGUAAACUAACUGAUAAAAAAUACUUACAAUCAUUAACACCUCAUACUGCAUUAACACUAAAUAGUACAUUUGGAAGGAUGCUACGGUAUGCCAUUGGGACUGAUACACUCAAUCAGUUGAAUCAAACAUCUACAACGUAG